UACAUACAUAAAUUUUUUUUACUUUAUCAUCUGCUAAUCGUAAGUUACAGGUCAUUUCAAUGUUAUCAGUUUCUAAACAAAAUUUAUAAAUAUAAAGCAAUCACAUUUCUCUUACGUGUUGUUGUUACAUUUACGCAUUCAAAAAGAUCAAAUAUUUUUGUAAGUUUUAAGAAAGGUAUAAUGGAUAUCCAAAAAUUGGCUAAUGCUACAAUGAAUUUCGAUCAAUCUGCAAUAGAUGAAAAAGUUAAUUCUAUACGUUCUAAAGUUAAUAAAUUGGAGAAUCAUGUUAAAACUGCUUGGUUGGUAAAGGCAAUAGGUUUCCUAGAUUUGACUACUUUAGGAGGUGAUGAUACACCUUCAAAAAUUGAAACUUUGUGUGCUAAAGCAGCAAAUCCCCUUAAGUUACUAAAUUAUUCACAUUUACAUACUGCAUCUGUAUAUGUGUAUCCUAUGAGAUUUGUGGAUGCAGUAUCUGCAUUAGAAAAACUUGAUAAAGAACAUAAAAUAUCCAGAGCUACUGUGGGUGGAGGAUUUCCAUCUGGACAAUUUCCAUUGGAAACACGUCUUCGUGAAGUAGAAAUAGGUGUUGAAUUAGGAGCUGACGAAAUUGAUAUUGUUAUUAACAGACCAUUAGCUUUGAUGCAACAAUGGAAAGAACUAUAUGAAGAACUAAAAUCAUUUCGUGCUGCUUGUGGCAAUAAAUGUUUAAAAGUUAUACUUGCCACAGGAGAACUAGGUAAUUUGGACAAUGUAUAUAAAGCAUCUAUGAUAGCAAUGAUGGCUGGAGCAGAUUUUAUUAAAACAUCUACUGGAAAAGAAGUAAUAAAUGCUACCUUGUCUGCUGGAAUUAUUAUGUGCCAGGCAAUUAAGGAUUAUCAUGAAUCCACAAAAAGAAAGGUUGGUUUAAAACCUGCUGGUGGUAUUAAGAUUCCACAGGAGGCUUUAGAAUGGAUGAUGUUGGUCCAAACGGAAUUAGGAGAGGAAUGGUUGUCUAAAGAUUUAUUUAGAAUUGGGUCAUCCAAUUUAAUAGAUAACAUAGUCGAAGCGUUACAAUCAAAUUAAUAUGAAAUUUUUUAAUUGUUUUUAAAAUUUUAACUUUCAGAAACUCUUUUGUAUAAUGUUAUUUCUAUUUCCUAUUUAAUAAAUGAAUUAUCUUACAA